AUGCCGCGUAGGAAAACCAUAACAGAGGCGCCGGCGCCCCCUGCUUCUCGAAAGCGCGAUCUACCCGCCGACCCAUACGAAGUCCCUGACGAAGCUGAGACCCCAAGACGACGAAGACGCCUCGAAAACAGCCUUGCGGUUAACCUCGAGGAUGUCGAGGAAGAAAAUAUCGAUGUUGAGGGGGCCGAGUCCACUAUCGAGUUGACCCCCGCCAAACGGCGAGGGCGCCCUCCGAAAUCUGCAACUACGGGAACGCCAAAAGCUCAAGCGACGACGCCUUCAACCAAGCGACAGAAGACGGUCGCCGAGACCCCGGUGAAGCUGACUGGUAUCAACACCCCUAGUAGACGGAAUAUUGCCGACAGGUCAGCCAGGAGGAAAAGCGCCAGGGCCUUGAUAGACCGUGUGAUAGGGGGCACCGUCAGCGAUGACGAGGUGGAAGAAGGGGAUAUUGCACGAGAAAUCUACGAAUCGAGCGAGGAUGAGGAGGCCGAGACAGAGGGGCAACCUGGGGUAGAGGAAGGCCAAGAACCUACAACGCCUUCAAAAACCCCAGGGAGAAAGCGCAGGGCCACGGGGCGGAAGAAAUCACCAACCCCUCCUCGCGAUCUGCCUCCUCACGAGCAGUACUUUUACCAAAACAAAGCCGGCUUGGCCAAGACAUCCAACAACACCCUAUCCUCACUGGACCUUCUGAAACACGAAGAAUACUUCUCUAUCCUUCGUCAACUCAAAGACCCCCACGCUGGAGACGUCAACUUCCUCCAGUCUCUCCACGCCGAGUCCUUCCCCCAAUGGGCCUUCGAGCUCUCCCAGGGGUUCAGUACCUGCCUCUACGGCUACGGCUCCAAACGCCGUCUACUCCAUAACUUCGCCACCUACCUCUCCUCCCAAAACCCUUCACACAAAAUUGUCAUCAUCAACGGCUACGUCCGCACCCUCACAGCCCGCGACAUCCUCGCCACCCUUACCUCCGCCCUCCCCUCCCUUGCCCCAGGGGGCGGAGGAAGCACAGGCAACCCUUCCACAGCCAUCCAAACCCUCCUCACCAACCUCACCAAUCUCCCCACCUCAGCCGACAACCCCCCCACCACACUCACCAUCCUCCUCAACUCAAUCGACUCCCCCACCCUCCGCACCAAACCCGCCCUGCAAUCCCUCCUCUCCACACUCGCCUCCCACCCACAGAUCCACCUCGCCUGCACGGCCGACACGGCCGACUUCGCGCUGCUCUGGGACGCGGCGCUGCGCGCGGCGCUCAACCUGGUCUUCCACGACUGCACGACCUUCGCCCCGCGCGCCCCCUGCGAGCUCGACGUCGUCGACGAGGUCCACGAGCUCCUGGGCCGCAAGGCCCGCCGCGCCGGCGGCAAGAGAGGUGUCGCCUUCGUCCUGCGCAGUCUGCCCGAGAAUGCGCGCGCGUUGUUUCGGUUGUUGGUCGGGGAGGUGUUGGUGGCGGCGGAGGAGCAGGGGGUUGGUGGUGGUGCUGGAGGAGGGGAUGGGGAGGUGGCGGUGGAGUAUCGGAUGGUGUAUAACAAGGCGGUGGAGGAGUUCAUUUGCAGUUCGGAGAUGGCGUUCCGCACGCUGCUGAAGGACCUGAAGAAGGUCGGCUUGCUCAUAUCCGCCAAGCAUGUGAAGAGCUGA